CGCCUGCGCAGCGGCAGGGCGGCGCGGCGUCAGUACGCGCGCGCCCUCGCCAUGGCUCGGUGGGUGCCGGCCUUCGUGGCCUUCCUGCUCGCUACCGCCGCAACCGUCUCCGCGCGCAAGUCAACGCCCAAGAGUCAGCAGGACCACGAGCCUCGCAUCGAGGAGGUCACCGCCAAACAGCUCGAACGACUCCUCGACGAGAAGGACUUCGUGGCGGUCUACUGGUACGCAAGAAGUUGUGUCACGUGCGACAAGGUUUUGGACGAGCUAGAAAAAAUAGACGAUGACACCGACACAUUUGGCGUCGACUUCGUGAAGAUCAAUGAUAAGAGGCUCGCGAAACAGCAUGGUAUCACGAAAUUCCCCGCCCUCACGUACUUCCGUGAGAAGGAACCGAUCAUUUACGAAGGUAAAACAAUGGCUUAACUGCACUGCUUCGAGUCCUUUACGAGGCAUGACAUAGACACGAUUAUAAUAAACAAUACGCAAGUUUUAUAAUGUUUUGCAAAUUUUACAGAUAAGCCGGAAUGCAAGAAGUGCGCGAAGGCACUCCAAGAGCUUGAAAACAUUGAUGAUGAAGCUGACCAGCUUGGUAUAGGCUUCGUGAAGAUCCACGACGAGGAACUAGCCGAAGAGUACAGCCUUGGCGAGUUGCCAAGACUUGUGUACUACAGGCAUCAGAUACCUAUUAUCUAUGAAAGUGAACUCAGUAGAGAAGAAGACGUACUGGAAUGGCUCAUUGCUAAUAAAUCGACUGGGGACGAAGAAGAUGUUAUCGAAGAUGUCACAUCCAAAACGCUAAACACGCUUAUAGGAAAUGUGGACAAUCUUGUUGUGCUUUUCUAUGACCAUGGUGAUGAAGAAUCAAUGACAGUUUUAGAAGAAUUAGAGAAAAUAGAUGAUGAUUGCGAUCGCCAUGGUAUUCAGUUUGUAAAAAUCGACGAUAAGAAAGCAGCAAGAGAAUUUGGUAUCGAUGACGUCCCUUCAAUCGUCUACUUCGAGAAACAAAUCCCCAAUGUUUACGAUGGUGACCUUGAGAAUGAAGAGGAGAUGUUGGAAUGGCUAGUAAGUCAAUUGGAAAAAGAUGAAAUUGAAGACGUCACGGAUGAAAUGUUGGACCGUCUCAUCAAAGAUGGAAAAACUGUUGCUGUUUUAUUCUAUGACAACAAUGACCGCAAGUCACAAAAAGUAUUAAAUGAGCUAGAAAACAUUGACGAUGAAUGUGAUACUCUGGGCAUUGCGUUUGUCAAAAUCGAUAAUGAUGAAGAGGCUAAGGAAUACGGAAUUGAAAAAGUCCCAACUUUACUAUACUUUGAAAAGGGAAUUCCAACAUAUUAUGAAGGCAAUUUGGAAGAAGAGGAAAAGGUCUUGGCUUGGUUGAAACAUCAAACUGAAAGUGAUGAAAUUGAAGACAUCACUGAUGAAAUGCUCGAUUUAAUUAUUGAAAAAAUGCCAUAUGUAGCCGUAUUGUUUUAUGACAAGGAUCAAAAGAAAAGUCAAAAGAUUCUAGCAGAAUUAGAAAACAUCGAUGAUGAAUGUGAUCAAAAUGAUAUUGCCUUUGUAAAGAUUGAUGAUGAUAACGAGGCUAAAGAAUAUGGUAUCGAAACCGUACCUACAAUGGUAUUCUUCGAAAAGGGUAUUCCACACGUAUACGAGGGUGACUUGAUGAAAGAAGACGAGCUUUUGGGAUGGUUGAUUCAUCAAAAACGUCACAGUGAAAUACCUGAAGUUACCGAUGAAAUGAUGGACAAACUUAUCGAUAGUACCAAGUACUUGGCCGUUAUAUUUUAUGAUAAAGAUGACAAGCAAGAUAUUAGAAUUUUAAAUGAACUGGAAAAUAUUGACGACGAGUUAGAAAAAGAGGGAAUUGUUAUUGUGAGAAUGGACAACGAUCAAGAAGCUAAGGAAUUUGGAAUUGAUCACCUGCCAACAUUAGUUUACUUCGAAGAGAACAUUCCUGCUAUUUAUGAAGGAGAUCUCAUGAAUGAAGAUGAAGUACUGGCGUGGUUGAUAGAACAAAAAAAUAGUGCAACUAUUGAAGAAGUUACCGAUGAAAUUUUAACAGACCUUAUUGAAGAGCACGAAUAUGUCGUCGUAUAUUUCAGUGGUAAUUGCGAAGAAGGUGAGGAAUGUGAUAAUAUCUUGGAAGAAUUAGAAAACAUUGACGAUGAAUUGGAUGAAACUGGGAUUAUAUUUGUCACAACUGAAGAUGUGUCGCUUGCCAAGAAAUAUGGAAUAAAAACAUUCCCUGCACUGGUUUUCUUCAGAAACAAGGAACCUCUUAUUUAUAAGGGUGACAUUGAGGAUGAGGAUGAAGUUCUAGCAUGGCUCACUGAUGAAGAUACUCUUGAAAUACCCGGAAAAAUUGAAGAAGUGAACUCUAGAAUGUUAGAAAAAAUUUUGGAAGAAAACGACCACGUUGUAGUCUUCUUUUACAAGGAAGGUGAUAAGAAAUCCCAGAAAAUCCUCAGUGAGUUGGAGAAUAUUGACGAUGAGUGUGAAGAAGAAAACAUUGACUUUAUCAAAACAUCCGAUGACGGCGUUGAAAAAGAAUAUGACUUACCAGGAUUACCGGCAUUGGCCUUCUACCGGCAUAAGUUUAGAACCAUAUAUGAAGGCGACUUAAUGCAUGAAGAAGCUAUUCUUAAAUGGGUUUUAGAUCUUCAACACUCACAGCCAGAAGUUAUAGAAAAUGUGGACAGGAAAACGUUAAAAGAUUUAAUCAAUGACGUAGAGCAUCUAGCAGUAUUUUUCUAUAAUGAUGAUUGUGAUACAUGUGACGAAAUUUUGGAAGAAUUAGAAACAAUUGAUGAUGAUACAGACAAACACGGUAUCCAAUUUGUAAAAUCAAAGGAUUCUAAGCUCGCAUCGGAUAUUGGUAUAUUUAGUUUCCCAGCAUUAGUAUACUAUGAAACUGGGGUUCCUAUUAUGUAUGAUGGAAAUCUAUUUGACGAGAACGAAGUGCUUGAUUGGAUGGUAAAACAGAAAGAAGAUGAGAGCAUUGAAGAAAUUGACAGAGACACACUAUUUAAAUAUAUUGAGACUAAGGAGUUUCUCGCAGUUGUAUUUUAUAAGGAAGAAGAUCCCGGCAGUCCAAGAAUACUUCGACACGUAGAACUUAUAGACGACGAAGCAGCGGAAUAUGGUAUAAAAAUUACGAAGUGUAGCGAUCGCCUAAUGGCUAAGAAGUACGGUUUCAGAAAUCCUCCUGGCAUUACUUACUUUAGAAAAACCAAGUAUAUUAACUACGAUGGUGAUAUAGACGAUGAAGAAGAAAUCUUAGACUGGUUAACAAAUCCGGAAAAUAUGGAAUUAACGGAUCACAUCGAGAAAGUUAACAGUAAAAUGUUUCAAAAAAUUCGACAAACAUCUGACUAUGUUGCCGUCUUCUUUUACAGUAAUGACUGCAAACAAUGUCCCAGAGUGCUGGCUGAAAUCGAGCAUAUAGAUGACGAUGCGGACGGCGCUGGAAUCAAUUUUGUGAAGAUAGAUGAUAGACAAAUGGCCAAAGAAUAUGGCGUUUUUGCCUUACCUGCAGUGCUUUUCUUUAAAAUGGGAUCUAAAGACCCUGUGAUAUAUGCUGGUGAUCUAUAUGAUGAACAACAAUUACUAAGCUGGCUUUUGGUUCAAAAAAAUCCAGCUGGUGACGUUAUCGAAGCCCUCGAGGGACAAGAACUUUUAGAUCUUAUUGAGGAAUCAAAUUCGAUAGCUGUAUACUUUUAUUCUUUGGAUUGUGAGCAAUGUGCUGGUAUUUUAGAAGAGUUAGAAAAUAUUGAUGACGAUUGUGAUAGACAUGGAAUCAAAUUUGUUAAAACUCAAGACUAUGCCAUUGCCGAAUCAUAUGGCGCAACCGAUUUUCCGGUUUUGGUUUAUUUUGAGAAAAAUAUUCCAAAUGUGUAUGAAGGUUCUUUAGCGGAAGAAGAAGAAGUUCUCCAGUGGUUGAUAACUCAGAAAACUGAGGACCGGAUAGAACUUAUAACUAGAGUAAUGCUAGAAAAAAUGGUUGAUGAGACGCAAUAUCUAGCUGUGUACUUCUAUAAACUUAAUUGCCAUAUUUGUGAUCACAUUCUUGAAGAGCUGGAGAAAAUUGACGACGAGUGUGACGUUUACGGGAUCCACAUGGUAAAAAUUCAGGAUCCUCAGCUUGCUAAAAGAUACUCUAUUAAAACUUUCCCAGCUAUGGUUUAUUUCAGGAACGGAAAUCCUCUCCUAUUUGAAGGUGAUUUACAAAAUGAAGAAUCGAUCCUAGAGUGGCUUGUUGAUGAUGAUAACCGUGAGUUAGCUGAUGAAAUAGAAUCAGUUAACGAUAGAAUGCUGGAGAGGUUAUUAUACGAGUCGCAUUUACUAGCUGUAUUUUUCUAUGACGAUGAAGAUUGCCCUGAAUGCCAAGAAAUUCUGGAGGAGUUAGAACAGAUAGAUGGAGAAGUAGAUCAAUUUGGUAUCGACUUUGUAAAAAUUGCGAGCGCUGAGGCAGCUGCACAAUACAAUAUAGUUAACAUACCAUCAUUGGUAUAUUUCCGCAAACGAACCCCUAUGUUUUAUGAUGGAGACCUUCAUCAAGUGGAUAGAGUACUUCAGUGGCUAACGUCUCAAGAAGUCUUUGAAAUUAAAAACGAAAUUGAAGAAGUUAAUCGCAAAAUGCUUGACAAGCUCCUAGAUGAAAACGAAUUUUUGGCAGUUUAUUUCUAUGAGAAUUCAGCUGAAAGUCGCAUCGUUUUGGAUAAACUGGAAAACAUAGACAGUGAGACUGACAACCUUGACAUAACAUUUGUUAAAAUGCACGACCCCCGCUACGCCCGUAAAUGGGGCGUCACGAAACUGCCAGCUAUUGUUUAUUUCAGGAAACGAUUUCCAAGUAUAUACAGAGGUGACGUCAUGGCAGAAGACGAAGUACUGGAAUGGCUCCGAAAAAAUAGAUUUAGGCAACCAGAACUGAACAUAUUCAUGUACGCGUUGAUAGCUUUGUCAAUAGCGUUCGUUAUGUACACGGCGUUCUUACUUCAGUGUUUCAAACCCUCCCCAAGCACAACUACACAACAUCCCAAACAAGCGUGAACGUGACUCUUUACAGACAUUUAAAAAACGCCAUUUUAUGGUUUGUACAAUAAGUUUUUGUGCCAAGUGCAAUACUAGUCCGGCAAUUUAUUGAAUUAGUCCCGAAGAAUGCCGUUAUCCGAUAAGCUUUUCGAAGCUUUCUAAAAACAUGUGCUAAUUAUUCACAGGUUUAGUAAAUACUGAGAUAGUCUGAGCAGUUUGUCAGGACUCGUUACAUUUUUUUUUUUUGAAUUUCAGCUAGCUUCCAUGCUGAUACACUGCCAACUCGAUUUUCCAAAACAUAUAUGCAUCAUAUGUAACUUUUUGUACAGCCGUACUUACAUUUUUGGGAACAAAUUGGAAACUUGACAACUAUAUGUUUAUUUUGCUGAAAUAAAUAAAAUUGUGGGCUCCUAUAAAAAUAUUCCAGGCGUUUAAAUAUUUAUUUAGUUUUGACUUGAUAUAAAAAAUUGGUUCGACAACAUAGCCUGGAUUUAUGCAAGCCAUAUUACUAUUAUUUAAAUAUAGCUAUUUUAUAGUUUCAAAACCACUCGGAUAAAAAAUUGGUAUUAACUAAUAGAAAUUACUUUCCCGUGAUAAGUUUUACAACCUAUAUAGUGAUAAAUUAUAACGACAUAAAUAUGAUAUAAAGGUAUACGAGUACAGUAUAAUAUACAUUUUUCAGUUCAUUUUUAUUCAGAAUUUUUUAGAACAUGCUAUAAAACACAUACCUACUAGUAUCAAAAGUGUUAUAUUAUAUUUAUUCCGCUGUUCCAAUAAGUCCUACUUUGUAUAAGGUUUUAUAUUAUCAGCAUUUUCAUAAUCGUAUGCUCGUACAGGUGCAAAUAACGGACCUUGUAAAAUAUAAAUAUUUGUUACAAUAGAGAUAGUUAUAGCGCAGAAUUGACACCACGACGGAUACCAAGUAGAUUAUGUUAAUAUUUUUUUUUAAUUACGUUGGUACCUUAGAUAUGAAAUAUAUCUAAUGCUAUAUUUAAUACGUUGAAGAGUCAAAAUGGCGGCAAAAGAGAGGAAUUAUAAAAAAACUAAUUGUAAUACAAGUAUAUUGUUGUGUAUUUCGCUUUUGCAAAUGUAACAAACACUACGGAAGUCAAUUUGCACCUGUGGAAUAGAGCUUUAAUGAAAAAUAUAUUUAAGAUUUUCUUUUUAAUUAAGUGUUAAGUUUUUAAAUAAAUACGCCUAGGGGCGCAGAUGCCACUCAUUUGCUAUUUUUAAAUCAAUGAUCGAUCUUUAAGGAAUAAGGAUUGAUAUUUUGUUUACCAUAAUUGCGCCUCUCAAAGACAUUUAGCAAUGCUAACGUAGUUUUUUUACAUAUCUCUUUCUGUUUUAUAUUAUCUGUGUCAUAUAUGGGCGGGGGCACCCGCAUUUUGCCUUGUUGUCGCCUAUUACUCUUACAGUUUUCAAUAGAGCUCUUUCAAAAACUGGAUAACUUGGCAUCAUGCCCACCUUUUCUAUCAUUCCCGCUCUUUUUAUUUCUCUAUGUACUUAUCUAUGGUUUUCAGAUUGCAAAGCUAUCGUUUUUUUCAAAUGCUUCUAAGUAUCGUUAUUAGCAGUACUAUAAAUAUCGUUCAUAAUUAAUAUUCGUUCAUUUUCAUUAUAAAAUAACUUUCAUGAAUAAUAUUGUUUUGCUUCUAACAUGAUUCAUUUUUUACAGUUUUGCAAACUGUAUAAUCUUCGAUCAUCAAGAAUGUUGUAUUUCUGUUUUUUAUUCGUGUAAAUGGACGGUGUUGCGAUGUUAUAUUUAAGUGGCCCCAUUCACUUUGGGAUAUUGCGAUUUUGCUCAAAGGAAUUCGCAAACACGUUCGUAUAUAAAAUCUGUAAGUGCUGUAUAUAAAUGUAAAUAAUGAAAACUGUAAAAAUAAAAAUAGUAAAAUUUA